AUGGGGAACAGGGCAAUGAUCCUUGUACCAACACUGAGGGGGAACUCGAACCCUACCAGGGAAAUACUAGAGAAUGGUCACAACCCAACCCCAAAUGUCAACAUGUUUAAUCCUACAAAUUUUAUAAUAUGGAAUAUUAGGGGAGGAAAUAAUGAGGACUUUAGAAGAAACUUCAGGGAUCUCAUUGACACACACAGGCCAUGCAUGGUAACACUGCUUGAGACUAGAAUGCAAUCCCAUGCACCACUUCUACACGAGUUUGGAUUUUCUGAACUCAUUGAGGUACCAGCAGAUGGACAAGCUGGAGGCAUGGUGCUUCUUUGGGACCAUACCAAGGUGACUGUCCAGAAUGCUGUGCGUAGAAACCAUGGAAUACAUGCAACAAUUGAGGUUCAUCCUACUAACCUUAAAUGGCUUUUUUCAUCUUUAUAUGCUAGCACUAAUACUGUAGAUAGAGAUAUUAUGUGUAAUAACCUGAAAAAUAUAGCUGACUCUCAUAAGGACUCAUGGCUAGUAGGAGGGGAUAUUAAUGAUGUGUUUAGUGCUGAUGACAAAAUUGGUGGGAGACCCCUUAAUCGUAGACGUGAUUUUAAGCUCUGGGAUAAUUUGAAUAACUAUAAACUUCAAGAUUUAGGCUAUAAAUGA